AUGAUAGAGAGCCUUAAAGCUCUAGAAACCGAUCGCCGUCUCUCUUACCUAGCACCACAGGAAGGGCAUGACGAGGAAGAAGGUGUCACUGCCGAGGAAGGCACCUACACUGAAGAAGACUUCUUGAAAGAAGCAAGACUGAAUCCCAAGCAACUCUUUGACUUUGUGUAUCGUCGCCAGAUGCAUAUCAUAAAGCAAUACUGUAUCCUGUAUCAGAAGCACGAAGAGGACCUAGCUGAGAAAGAUGACCUCAAAGAAGAAUUUAACGCCCUCAAAGCGGAACACAAGAAGGUUCGAAAGAACAUGGAACAGCUCCAGAGUCAGCAUCAGGAGUUGGAAGCAGAUCGCGAUAUGUUCAGGGAUGCAUUCGCCAGGGUACAGUUGCGCGUGAGCAGUGAACCUGGCACCGGAGGAGCAACAGCGAAUCAUGCCACCGACCGAACCCCUAAAUCGAUCAAGUUGCCAAAAGGAUUGAAACUAUCAGAUGGCGCAGAACCAACCUUCGAAUCGUGGCUUAUUGACAUGCGAGCUUCAUUGGACAACAACCGAGAUCACUAUGAGACACCAGGAACACGCAUGGCUUUUGUGAAGCGCAUGUGCGAAGGAAGGGCUUCAAAGUAUCUGUUGCCACGGAUGAGGGAUGAUUCACCGAACCCCUUUACCGAUGCAGAGGACAUGUUCGAGCACUUGAAAACCAUUUUCCUAGAUGUCAACCGUGUGAACAAAGCAAAGGACAAGCUCUAUAUUCUGCAGAUGAAGAAGGAUACGCGUUUUCAGGAUUUCCUUGCUGAUUUCACUCAGCUAGCUCAGGACUCCGAACUUGAGAUUUCUUCAUGGAAGAACGAGCUUUACCGCAAGUUGAACUUUGAGAUGCAACACGCCGUGAUGAAGGAAGCAGACGAAGAGGGCAUGGGAUGGGCUGCAUUUGUAAAUGCCUGUUAUAAGACUGCCAACCGCCUUGAGCAGAUUAAUUUGGCUAAGAACCGUAUUCAGCGACGUGGAGGAGCAGCACGCUCUAACACAGCCAACAACAACAGCAACCCUGCUAGUCGCGCAUCCACACCUGGGACCGGACAGGCCAAGGGAGGCAAUAACAAUGACGCCAAUAAGAACCGUUCAGGAUGGAUCGACAAUGCUGCUAGGGCCGCGUUGAUGAAGGAGGGUAAAUGCUUCAAGUGCUUCCAACCAGGGCACAUUGGUCGUGACUGUUCCAAUACUCCCGCGAGCAAGCCAUACCAAGCUCCCAAUAAAACGGCGGAUCUGAAGGAAUUAGAGAAAGAUGGAAGCGAUGAUAGUGACGGAUCAGAUUCGGAAAACGGAACAGCCUAA